UGUUGAGGAGAGUUCAGGGAACUGAAGCGCCGUCUCGGAUGCGGCGGGGCUGCGUGGCUGCGAGACUGAACUUUUUCCGGUUGGAGACGUGGCUCUGCUUUUCCACACUGCUACAACUCGGACUGCAUGACACCUUCAGGAAAGGACACAUCGAUAUUGACGUUUGUUGGUUUUGUAAACACCAUACUUAGUGCGACUGUGGAUUUAAGCACCUUGAGACGGAGCGAAAAUGGUGCUCUUGGCAGCAGCAGUGUGCACCAAGGCUGGAAAAGCCAUAGUGUCACGGCAGUUUGUAGAGAUGACGCGCACUCGCAUUGAGGGUCUUUUGGCUGCUUUCCCUAAACUGAUGAGCACAGGAAAGCAGCACACCUUUGUGGAGACAGACAGCGUGCGCUAUGUCUACCAGCCCUUAGAGAAGCUCUACAUGGUUCUUGUCACUACAAAGAACAGCAACAUUCUGGAGGACUUGGAGACGUUACGGCUCUUCUCCCGCGUGAUUCCUGAAUACUGCCGCGUGCUGGAGGAGGGAGAGAUCUCAGAGCACUGUUUUGAUCUCAUAUUUGCUUUUGAUGAGAUUGUUGCGUUGGGCUACAGGGAGAAUGUCAAUCUAGCCCAGAUCCGUACCUUCACCGAGAUGGACUCACAUGAGGAGAAGGUCUUCCGUGCAGUCAGAGAGACACAAGAACGAGAAGCAAAUGCGGAGAUGAGACGGAAGGCUAAAGAGUUGCAGCAGGCAAGACGGGAUGCUGAGCGUGCCGGCAAAAAAGCGCCAGGCUUUGGAGGCUUUGGAAGUUCAGGAAUGAGUGGUAUCAGCCCAGCCACCAUCAUCACAGACUCAAUUGUGGAACCAGAGAAGCCGAAAAUGGCGCCAGCCCCAGUUAGGCCAAGUGGUCCUAGUAAAGCCCUAAAGCUGGGUGCCAAAGGAAAGGAGGUUGAUAACUUUGUAGACAAACUAAAGUCUGAGGGUGAAAAUAUCAUCAUACCCAGUGGGGGAAAGAAAGCAUCUGAAGCAUCUAAAGUCCUUCAACCUCUGGUGAACACUGAAAGUGUACAUCUGAAGAUAGAGGAGAAGAUAUCUCUCACCUGUGGACGGGAUGGUGGACUGCAAAACAUGGAGAUCUUGGGCAUGAUAACCCUGAGGGUGUCGGAUGACAAAAACGGCCGUAUCCGUUUGCACGUUAACAACAACGACAAGAAAGGAGUGCAGCUACAGACCCACCCCAAUGUAGAUAAGAAGCUGUUCACCGCAGAGUCAUUGAUUGGUCUGAAAAACCCAGAGAAGUCUUUCCCCCUCAACAGUGAUGUGGGUGUACUGAAGUGGAGGCUACAGAGCACAGAUGAGUCCCUCAUCCCUUUAACUAUAAACUGCUGGCCCUCAGAAAGUGGUAGUAACUGCGAUGUCAACAUUGAAUACGAGCUCCAGGACGAAAGCCUUGAACUCAAUGAUGUGAUUGUUAGCAUCCCUGUGCCGUCUGGAGUAGGUGCCCCUGUCAUUGGAGAUAUUGAUGGGGAGUAUCGUCAUGACAGCAGGAAAAACAUCCUUGAAUGGUGCCUACCUGUCAUAGAUGAAAAUAACAAGAGUGGAAGUCUGGAAUUCAGCAUAGCUGGCAAACCAAAUGACUUCUUCCCAGUCAGUGUCUCCUUUGUGUCUAGACGCAACUACUGCGACAUUCAGGUGGCCAAAGUGACCCAUGUAGAAGGAGACAGCCCAGUGAAAUAUUCCAUCGAGACUUCGUUUGUCGUUGACAAGUAUGAGAUACUCUAAAGACUUUCUUAAAGAAAUAUUUUUCUAGCCUGCCUGCCUACCUGUGUAACAGUUUGGAGACAGUACACCAGACUCUCAAAAUUCAAUCCAGUGGCGUGCAGUAUUGGUGUAUUUAUAUGUUUGUAUGGCAACAGAAAUUAUAUACGUUUAUAUGAAAAUAAGCAGCAUCUACCAUGAAGGCAGAUGAGCCUGGAGUGUUGUGAUUUGAGGCCGAGGCAACUGAGAAGUCAUCAUACCACAACAUCUUGCAGCGUACCAUUAACCUGGACUGGCGGUCUUCACAACCCUUGAAAUAAAUUAGAGGAGGAGUUUGACCAUUGCUGAGUGUAAUGUUUUCCAUUUCCAGAAUUUGUAAUGUAAGAGAGCCAGUAAUUCUCACGUAUCAAGUACAAUGGAUAUGUUUACUUGAAAUUAAUGAAAUAAUACCAGAAAGUAAUGUUUGGAAUUUGAGUUUUGCUUUAAAUCCUGAAGAAACUAAUUCUAUGGCUGUAUGUAGCUGUUGCUUGUUGUUUAACCAGCAAUGUGUGAUUUUGUUCUAUAAUAAUGGGUUGACAGUUUGUUAAUAUGGGUGCACUGCCUGGUGUUGGUAACGGGGUGCUCCAGUACAAAAUGACUAGUAAAAGCACAAAGUGGUAAUAUCGUUGAACCAUUUUCUCUGAAGUGUAUUCAAGGCCAUUUGUAAGUGCAGCAGUUUUAUCCACAGUAGAACAUCAGUAGCGUUAGUCUGCAACAGUUCAUAUCAGUCUGAUGGUGGUGUGCACGUCUCUAGAGGCUUUCACCUGUCUGCUUUCACUCUGAUUCCUGCCACUGCACCUUUUAUAACUAUUGGUCCUAUAUCACUGUCAGGGCCUACAACAUGCUCAGAGAAGAACACUAAUCAACUCAACCACAUGAUAAUGGAGCCAUAAGAGUGACCCUAAUAGCCUUCCUAAUUAAAGUCCAGUUGCGUUCUCAGUCAUGAACAUCAAGUAGGGCCGUUGAAAUCUAAACCCUUGAAGCCACUGGAUCACACUGUACUGCGUGCAGUGUGUUUUCCCUGUGUGGAAUCAUAAACUCAUGAGGCUCAUAGCUAAUGUUGUCAUCGGCUUUCAUGGCUGUGCUGAAGUUUAAUUCAAGCAGCUGUAAAUCCUGCCUAAAUGGUUCUAUUUUGUAAUAAUAGGCACAAGCAUUCACAAAUAUUAAAAGUACUUUGCUCAGCUUGAUUUGAGAGUACCAUCAUAAUAGAUGCCCUCUUCUGACAUGCAUUGAUUUUCUUGAGAGGAAUAUGCUUUGUCAUUGGUACCCUUUUUUUCUCUUGCAUUUUUCCCAAACCUUGCUGGACAAUAGCUUACUUUUUGAGGAGUUAUUUUAAUAAUCAACAGAGAUGUGGGAAUUAUAACAUUCCAGCUUACAGUAACUGUUUUGAUAUUAAAGCAUAUUGCUUGAAUUUGAA